AUGAUUGCUCGCUGCAUUCCAUGUCAAGCUGUAACUCGGAAGCCGAACACGCCAGAACCUCUCAUCAUGUCACCGCUCCCAGCCGAACCUUGGGCUGAAGUGUCUGUGGACUUCAAUGGACCACUACCAUCAAGCGAGAUGCUACUUGUUGUAACUGAUGACUAUAGUCGCUUCCCGGAAGUUGAAAUAGUCUUGUCCACUGCUGCAAAGACUGUCAUACCAAAACUCGAUGGUAUUUUCUCACGCCAGGGAAUACCUGAAGUCGUCAAGUCCGACAAUGGACCUCCGUUCCAAGGUCAAGAUUUCGCAAGCUUCGCAGCUGACCUCGGAUUCAAACAUUGGAAAGUCACCCCAUUGUGGCCUCAAGCCAAUGGUGGUGUCGAAAGGUUCAUAGACACUCUGCUGAAAAUCGUACGCAUCGCGCAUCUUGAAGGAAAGAAUUGGAAACAGGAACUUUUCCGUUUCCUAAGACAAUACCGCGCGACGCCACAUGCCACUACUAGAGUUCCGCCAGCCGAAGCGCUGUAUGGUAGACGUUUUCGUGUACAACUACCACAGCUACCAGCCAGAGUGUUGCCUGACAUGCCAGAUAUUCGACAGAAGAUCAAGGAGAGAGACGCUCACCAGAAAGAAAGAAUGAAGGAAUACAGGAAUGAAGGAAUCCAGCCAGGAGACACCGUCUUAGUCAAACAGCAACAUUUGGAUCAGGAUGAGGUCCCCAAGGGUCAAUAA